AUGAAACGUGGCUCUAGAGUUUUAGAUUCGCUUCCGCACCGGAACCUGCAAUCCCAGUGGCAUUCUCCACGUUGUCUACCUCGAGGCCUCCACACGUCUGCAUCGUUUACACCUAAAACUAUCUUCUCUGGCAUCCAACCCACUGGCGUCCCCCAUCUGGGAAAUUAUCUCGGUGCUCUCAAACAAUGGGCAAACUUCCAAAAUACAGAAACAGAAUCAACAAAAUUAAUUUUUUGCAUCGUCGAUCUCCAUGCAAUUACGUCACCUCAAAAGGCAUCCAAUCUUCGACAAUGGAAGAAGGAAAUGCUCACAACACUGCUGGCGAUUGGACUGAGCCCUGAUAGGUGCAUCAUAUUUGAGCAAAGCCGGGUUCCGGCUCAUUCAGAAUUGAUGUGGAUUUUAAGCUGCAUAGCAAGUACAGGACGACUUUCACGGAUGACUCAGUGGAAGAGCAAAUUAGGUAUUUCAGAAGAACAUCAUUCUCUGGAAGAUAAAUCUACAGCAGCACUUAAACUGGGAUUGUUCUCUUAUCCCGUGCUUCAAGCAGCUGAUAUACUGGUGCAUAGAGCCACCCAUGUUCCAGUAGGUGAAGACCAAGCGCAACACCUAGAGCUGACAAGAGAUAUCGUCGGUGCCUUUCACCAUACCUAUGGCAAAGUCUUUCCGCUACCGGCAACGCUGCUGUCUCCUGCCAAACGUGUCAUGUCCUUAAGCGACCCAACCCAAAAGAUGUCAAAGUCAGCCCCGGAUCCGAAGUCCCGGAUCCUACUUACGGAUAGUCCCACUUCAGUGCAGGGAAAGAUUAAAGUAGCUCUAACGGAUUCUCUCGAAAGCCACGGGAUCACUUAUGACCCACAAAAACGGCCUGGCCUAUCGAAUUUGAUAGAAAUAUAUGCGCAUAUACAAGGCCGGGAAGAUUUUGAACACGUGGCAAGUGAGUUUGAGGGUUUGACAAAGAAAGUUUUCAAGGAGAGGGUGGCCGAUUGUAUCAACGAGAGUUUAGAGAAUAUCAGGAGCGAAUACACGAGAAUUACGGAGACGGAAGGAGAUGGGUUUUUGGAAAAGGUGGUUAGAGAGGGUUCUGCGAAGGCGGCAAAUAGUGCCGAGGAAACCAUGGUAAAGGUAAGGAAGGCUUUAGGCCUGCUAUAG